AUGUCCGGGUCAAAGGAGAAGAAGCGGGCCAAGAAGAUGAGGAACCAGCCGGCCAACGUCACGCUUUCCGCAGAGCCGGGGCCUUUCUCCGGCGGCGGGAACAGAGCCUGCUCCACUCUAGGAGAUGUUCGUUCUGAGCAGCAGAAUUUUUCCAAUCAGUCAUCUGGGCCUUCUUACAGGAAAGAUCAGUAUAUUUCAAGAGGGCAAAAUAGAGGAGAGAGAGGCAGAGGAAGAGGAGGAUGGCAAGGAGGAAGCCAAAGUGUUUCUGAGGAAAUGCCAAAAUACGUAACAGUAUCUGCCUUUGCUCAAGCUCGUGCUGCUGAGAUCAAAGCCAUGUUGAAAGCAGUGUCCCAGAAGUCUUCCAACUCUCUGGUUUUCCAGACUCUGCCCAGGCACAUGCGGAGGCGAGCUAUGAGUCACAACGUCAAACGCCUGCCCAGGCGGCUCCAAGAGAUGGCCAGGAAAGAGGCAGAGAAAGCUGUCCACCAGAAGAAAGAGCAGUCCAAGACCAAGUGCCGCAAAGCUCGGAGGCGUCACAUCCACCUGGUGGUGGAGUUCAACCGCAGGCAAAGGAAGAACAUUUGGCUGGAAACACACAUUUGGCAUGCCAAGAGAUUCCAUAUGGUGAAGAAAUGGGGGUACUGCUUAGGAAACAGCCCCACGGAGAAGUGCUACAGGGCUUGUUACAGAGCCAUGACGAAGCACUGCCUUCUCCAGGACCUAUCAUAUUAUUGCUGUCUGGAGCUGACUGGUAGAGAGAAUGAGCUUCUGAAGCAGCUAUCUCGAAUCUGUAGCAUGGACACAGGAUUAACCUUUGAAGAGGCUUGCUGUCUGUCUGGAAGAUUUGAAGGUUCCCUGGAUCUUUACCAAGCAGAUCGCUACCCUGAGGCUAUGCUUGGUCCUGUUACAUUCAUUUGGAAGCCCAGGGAUGGGUCUGAAAACAGACAGCUGUGGAUCUGGGUGCAUCCAGCUCUCAAACAGGACAUCCUGGGAGAGCUAAAAGCAAUUUUUCAGUGUUCAGAGCCUGAAGAAAUCUGUAUUCCUGAGCCUGUUACACCAUCAGUUCAAGAGGAAAAACAAAAGGAUGUUGUUCAGAGCCUUGGCAAGAGAAGAAAGGAAGAUAAAGAAGGAGAAAAAGCUGUGCCAGUGAAAAAAAUAAUUGGUGAUGGCACAAGAGAUCCUCUCCAGGCCUGCUUUUGGAUCUCACCAGCUACUGGCAUCAUGAUCAGUGACAGAAGCAUGGAGAUUCUCAGAUACAGACUGAUCGGCCCCUUAGCACACUGCGUCCUGACAGACACCUUGAAAGCUGCUGCUCUCCAAACAGAGAUGGCAAAUUCAGAGACAGAACUGAAUAACUGGUGGGUAGAAAACUGCAAGGACUCUGACAGAGUAUCCCUUCAUCAACGUCAAAGUGCUAUCUUUGAGCUUUUAGAAGGGCUAAGUUCACCAUCACAAAUGCCACCAGGCACAAUACUGGGCCUCACUGUUGGAGAUCCUCGAGUCAAUUUGCCAAAAAAGAAGACAAAAGCCAUUCCGGACUUUGAGAAAUACCAAGAUAAUGAUAAAGUUAGGCAGCUGUACCUGGAGGGUGUGCCUGCAGACUGUGCUCACAGCUUCAUCUGGGACCAGGACAUCUGUAAGAACGUCACAGAAACUAAAAUCUCAGAGCAGGAUAUAAACCAAAUGAGAGCUCAAUUACUAGUACCUGGCUCACACCUUGAUUUGGGUCCUUCUGAAUCCAAGAUUCCCAUCCUGUUGGUGCAGCAGCCAGGGAAGAUGGCUGGAGAAGAUCGCCCAGGAUGGGGCAGUGGCUGGGAUCUCUAUCUCCCAAAGGGCUGGGGCAUGGCUUUUUGGAUUCCUUUUAUCUAUCGAGGUGUGCGAGUCGGUGGCCUGCAGGAGGCUUUGAAGCAUUCUGAAUAUCAAAGAACACCUCACACUCCAAAUGAUUUCCCAGACUGCAGGGCAGGGAUGCAGUUUGCCAAAGAACUGGAAGCUGAUCUUCGGGAAAAGUUCAAACGACGUCCACCUGCAAAAAGGGCAAAUUAUGUCAAGCUGGGCACUCUGUCCCCUUUCAUCUGUCCUUGGGGGCAGCUGACCAAGAACUGGGAAGGAAGAAUGAAAGCUGCAGGAGGGCACAGCUUUUGUGAAUCCAAAGCAGAAGUGGUCAAAGCAGCUUCCUCUGAGACUGGUGAGUUAGAGGAGACCAUGGAAGUAAGCUCAGAAGGUGCCCUAAAGACAAAGGAUGAUACAGGAACCCACGAUGUUGGUGAGAGAGAUGAAACUGUGACAGCAAGUGACUUCAUUGUCCUCAGGAGUGAGAAGCUGCUGCAGCAGCUGGCAGCCUGGUGCUAUCCCACAGCUGGGAGGGAUCGGCGAGUCCGCCUCGUUUCCCGCCUGGGACAGAAGCAGAUGGCUGAAGAUGUCCUUCUGCCCAUCCUGAUGAGCUACCCAAGGGCUCUGGUAUGGGUCAAGUUGUCUCUCCUGGGCAAGGGCAAUCCUGAGUUACAUGCCAUGAUUUGCAUCCCAACAGAAGAUGACCUGCUGCAGCUAAGCAAGGACAGACUCUACUGUGGCCCUCAGGAGCCCAGACAUCAGGACAUAUUCAAACACAAGAUACGGAAACUGAAAGAGGAGAAGAAGAAGAAGAAGAAGACCACAAAGGCUCUAGAAGAUGAGCUUGCAAGCAUUCCAGAUAUAGAAACAACUGACAGGCAUGAAGACCUUGUUCUUGGUCUGUGGUCAGGUGCUCUCCCAGAUGUUACUUCCCACUGCUCCAGGACUCUCCUGGGCUAUGUGACUCGAGGGGAUUUUUCUCUGGCUGCUGGCUGUGGAGAAGCGCUGGGCUUUGUUAGCUUGACAGGCUUGCUGUGGAUGUUACACCAGCAGCCAGCAGCCAGAAAAGGGCUGGUUUUGCUAAGGACUCCAGCAUCCUUGCAAUACAGAUUUGCCAGGCUUAAUAUUGAGGUUUAA